AUGGCUAAAGGCAAUCAUUCAUCAGUGUCUGAGUUUAUCCUCAUGGGGUUCACAGAUAAUCCACAGCUUCAAGCUGUUCUCUUUGGUGUAUUCCUAGUGAUCUAUUUAGUUAGUGUCAUGGGUAAUCUUGGUUUGAUUGUGUUAAUCCACCUCAGUCCUCAGCUUCACACUCCUAUGUAUUUUUUCCUCAGCCAUCUGGCUUUUGUUGAUUUUUCUUUUACUUCAUCUGUGACCCCAAAUACCUUGAUAAAUUUUCUGUGUCAAAUUAAAAGCAUAACAUUUUAUGCAUGUGCCAUUCAGGUUUGUUGCUUCAUCACAUUCGUAGUUUGUGAACUAUAUUUGCUCUCAAUUAUGGCAUAUGAUCGAUAUGUUGCCAUCUGUAACCCUUUACUUUAUGUCAUUCUCAUGCCUAGAAAACUCUGUAUUCAAAUGAUGGCAAGCACAUAUGUGUAUGGAUUUGCUGUGGGUCUUGUACAGACAGUCGUGACAUUUCGCUUGUCUUUCUGUGACUCCAAUGUAGUCAACCACUUCUACUGUGACGAUGUCCCUUUAGUUGCUCUGGCCUGUUCUGACACUCACGUCAAAGAGCUGAUGCUGUUAAUCAUUGCUGGAUUCAACACCCUCUGCUCUCUAGUGAUUGUAAUUAUCUCUUAUGUCUUCAUCCUCUUUGCCAUCCUGAAGAUCCAUUCUGCUGAAGGACGACAUAAAGCAUUUUCUACCUGUGCUUCUCAUCUGACAUCCAUCACAAUAUUUUAUGGAACGAUUAUUUUUAUGUACCUGCAGCCCAAGUCCAGCCAUUCUCUGAACACAGACAAAUUUGCUUCAGUGUUUUAUGUGGUAGUAAUUCCCAUGUUAAACCCAUUGAUCUAUAGCUUGAGAAAUCAGGAGGUGAAAAGUGCACUGAAGAGAAUUACAGAAAAAUUUUGCUUGGCUAUCAAGUAG